CCCGGUCUUCCUCCCUGCGGGGGCCGGCAACGCCACCGCCACCGCCACCGCCACCGCCACCGCCAGCCUGCGCGAGCUGGCGACCAGCAGGAGCGCGCCCGUGGCCAAGACUCUUUCCCAGCUUCCCUAUGGGAAGGCGCUCUACAGUUACGAGGGAAAGGAACCCGGCGACCUCAAGUUCAGCAAGGGCGAUGUCAUCAUCCUGCGGCGCAAGGUGGAUGAGCACUGGUACCAUGGGGAGCUGCAUGGGGCACAUGGUUUCCUGCCUGCCAGCUAUAUCCAGUGUGUCCGGCCCCUGCCGCAGACCCCGCCCCAGGGCAAAGCACUUUAUGAUUUCGAGAUGAAGGACAGAGACCAGGACAAGGACUGUCUGACCUUCACCAAGGACGAGAUCCUGACUGUCAUCAGAAGAGUGGAUGACAACUGGGCAGAAGGCAUGCUGGGAGACAAGAUUGGGAUCUUCCCCUUGCUGUACGUGGAGCUCAACGACUCGGCCAAGCAGCUCAUGGAGAUGGACAAGCCCUGCCCAGCCGCUGUGUCUGGCUGCCACGCCCCGGUGCCCUGUGACCCCGGCACAGCAGCCAGUGUGGCCCUGGGACCCUCAGCGAGCAGCACGGGGGCGGUCAGCGCCUUUCAGCGGCGUGUGGACAGCAAGAAGAAUGCCAAGAAGCGCCACUCCUUCACCGCGCUCAGUGUGACACACAAGUCCUCCCAAGCCACGAGCCACAGGCACUCCAUGGAGAUCAGCGCUCCAGUUUUGAUCAGCUCCAGUGAUCCCCGGGCCGCGGCCAGAAUCGGGGACCUGGCCCACCUGUCCUGCAGCGCUCCCACCCAGAGACCUUCUAUUUCUAGACAUGGCACUGGUUCCAUUCCAGAGGACUCCUCUUCCUCUGCCGGACCUGCCUCAGCAGCUGAACAGCAAGGCACAGCUCCCAAAGUCCAGCUGCCCCUCAACGUGUACCUGGCACUCUAUGCUUACAAGCCCCAGAAGAAUGAUGAGCUGGAGCUGCGGAAGGGCGAGAUGUACCGUGUCCUAGAGAAAUGUCAGGACGGCUGGUUCAAGGGGACAUCCCUGAGGACUGGGCUCUCUGGGGUGUUCCCAGGAAACUAUGUAACACCCGUCUCCAGAGCUCCUGUAGGAGGGGCUGGGCCACCCCGGAAUAAUGUCGUUGGAGGGUCUCCACUGGCCAAAGGGAUGGCCACAACCAUCCACCCAGGUGGUGGAAGUCUGAGCAGCCCAGCCACUGCCACAAGGCCAGCCCUUCCCCUCACCACACCCCAGGCCCAGCACCAAGCGGCCUCUCCACCGACGGGCAGUUGCCUGCGGCACACAGCCCAGCCGGCCACCAGCCAAGCCCGGGGCACCGUCCCCACAGCUGCCCACUCCUCAGCCCAGGCCCAAGACCGGCCAACAGCCACCGUGUCGCCCCUGCGCACCCAGAACUCCCCCUCACGCCUGCCCGCUGCCAGCCUCAGACCCCACUCGAUGGUGUCCCCGCAGCACCUGCACCAGCCCCCCAUGCAGACGAUUCUUGGGGCCCAGUGCCCCCGAGCAGCCAUCCCACUUACAUCCGCAGCAUCAGCCGUCACGCCUCCCAAUGUCAGUGCAGCCAACCUCAACGGGGAGGCCGGAGGGGGGCCUGGCAGUGGCCUGUCAUCGUCCAGCCCCACCAACACCGGAUGCAAACCAGAUGAGAAAAAAAAUGAAAAGAAAGAGAAGAAGAGUGGGCUGCUGAAGCUUCUCGCUGGGGCUUCCACCAAGAAGAAAUCCCGCUCCCCACCGUCCAUCUCUCCAACCCACGAAGCCCAGGUGGCAGCAGACACCUCACUCCAGGGUGCCGUGGGGCCCGAAGUGUCCUCGCUGUCCAUGCAUGGCAGGGCAGGCUCCUGCCCCAUAGAGAGUGAGAUGCAGGGUGCUGUGGGGAUGGAGCCGCUGCACAGAAAGGCAGGCUCCUUGGAUCUGAACUUCUCCUCAUCCCCCUCCAGGCAAGCACCUCUCUCCAUGGCUGCCAUCCGUCCGGAGCCCAAGCCUUUGUCCAGGGAGAGGUACCGCGUGGUGGUCUCCUACCCUCCCCAGAGUGAGGCGGAGAUUGAGCUGAAGGAAGGUGACAUCGUCUUUGUGCACAAGAAGCGAGAGGACGGCUGGUACAAGGGAACCCUGCAGAGGAACGGCCGCACCGGACUCUUCCCAGGCAGCUUUGUGGAGAGCUUCUGAGGACCGGCCCCACACCCUGCUCCUGGGCACCGAGGCUCCCCGGGGUCCCCAGGGGGUGAAGAGAGGAGGUCCAGGCCGCCGAGGGUCCUGGGUCCCUCUCACGGCUCCCGGCAGGCCACCCCGGACGAGGACGGGAGCUGAGGGACGCAGGGUCGCGCCUCCACCCACAGCCCCCAACCGAGAGCGCGCCCCGGGGUGCAUCUCCGACAAAAAUGCUUCCCUCUGCGUAAACUGUAAGGAAAUGUCAUUGAAAAGAGAAGCUGCUGAUGCGGGUUGAUUUGCUCCGCGCCGGACUGCUCAGCGGCGGCGGGCUUGCUGGCUGCCCACCGAGCCUGGAGUCUGCCGAGGGGCGGCGGCCCAGGGCCCAGGGCCCAGGGCGUCAGCGUGAUGCCUCGAUGGGCUGCCCAGGGCUUCCUGUGGGGGAUCCAGAUUGCUCCAUCACCUCUCUAUAUACCUCAGUCACCUGCCAGCCGGCCGCACAGCAAGGGUGUUCCCGGCCCCGGGCCUUCGCCAGGUCCGUGGGGUCCCCGGGCCAGCCCAGCGCACAGCUCCCAUCGCAGGCGCCAGAUCGCACUUGGCUUUGUUUCCUGCCCAUGUUAUAAGCCACACAUUUCUUUUGCCGCCACUGUCCCUUUGCAUUGCUUCUUUCUUACAACAUCUUUUUAAGGUAAAGCUGUUAGACUUUCUAUAUUUCUAAUAGGUCAUACAUUGCCUAUUUUUCAUACAUCUGGUGCUGCCUUUUUGUAAAACCAGUAAUGACUUGGUUGAGCUUGAAAGAAAAAAUAUCUAAGUUGAUAUCAAGUGGGCAGAAUUUUUAUACGUAGCAUGUGAAUUUUGGAAAACUCUGAAAAGCCCACGUACUCAACAUCAGUGUUGGCUACUGCUCCGUGGAGAAGAGGGAACCACUUAAAUAGUGGUUGGAGGGAGUUUGGUAAAAACCAAUUUCUUUAAACCCUUACCAAAGCUCCGUGCUAUGUCUAGACAGUGGUAAUUAUUUUUCAAGAACUGGAACCAUUUCAAGGAAGGGUCACUAUAAUUGCUUUUGUGUGGCAGUAAAAAGAACAUGAAGGUCAACCCCAGCCUAGGAAGGCAGAAUUUUCCUUUUAUUGCUUUAGAGAAAAUGAAUACAAUUAGCAUAAUCAAAAUAUGACUUCUUGGUACUGAAAUGUGCAGUUUUUAACCAGAGUUCAGAUUUACCACCUUGUGAUGGUUUUGUCUUUUUUUUUUUUUUUUAAAUAAAUGCUUCCCUAUCAGGCAGUACAGAUGUUGGUGUAGAGACUGGAAGUACAAUGAGGAGAACAAGGGAUUUGAGGCAUUGCUGCAGACCCAGAAUCCAAGGGAGCUGGGAGGAGAAAAAGGAGGAAGGGGCAUCUUUAAUCCUGGCACCCUGUCCCGGGCGGGGUCCGUCAGAGCCUCCUCCUGAGCCCGGCAGCCCAGACCUCCCAGACACAGACUGGAGAAGGCAGUCUCAUUCUCAAGAGAGUCAGACCUUAAGAAUACAUUCCUAUCAGCUCAAAGUCACAAUUCAUAAGCCCCCUCUUUUUAUUUUUACAAAACUACUCAAGUUUAAAUUAGGCUGACUAAAUUAGCCUUUGGUAAUGUAAGAUUGCCUGGUUUUCAAAGAUGCAACAAAAUCCAGAAACACAUUCCCUCGCCUGAUGUGAUGCCUUUGAAAUACCAAAUGUUUAUUUUCAGAGUUCCUAUUUGGGGAUGUUACUUGGCUAUUUGUUACUGCCAGGUGGCUACCAUGCUGGUGAUAUCACACCUAGACAAAGGUUCCUCUCCCUUCUCCAGAUGAGCAUAGAUUUAAUAAGAGUUGAGAAAUUUGUUCUGAAUCAAAGAAAGACAAAAUCCGGCUUAAACCUGGGGAGCCCCAUACAUGAGUUAAUGACAACCAGAAGGUAACCAUUUGCCAUCAGUGCCAAAUUAGUUGCCUGUAAUGCACAAAAAUCAUGUGCAUGUUUAAAAUCAUGCCAUCACCAAAAAUGUGCGUGGAUUAACAUGCUGAGACACAUGUUCCCCAGUGAGACCAAAACUAACUCAAAUCUCCAGAUAAUAAGGAAAGCCUUUUUUUAAAAAAUGAAGACAGUUACCAAGCAACAAAUAGACUAACUUGGAUCUUCUUUCCUCUCCGAGCCACUGCCUACAUGAUGCUCGUGGUAGGUAGGAAUCGCUGAACAGCCUAGUGACUGUGGGUGAGGCAGCAGCCCAGCAGGGCCCAGCACCCCCUCACAGCAGAGAGUUGGGGCCAGCAUCCCGUGCCUUUGAAAGGUGUCAACUGGCUCCUUUUGCAGCAGAGCUGGGGCAGGCAUUGGUAUGACCUUGGGGAGGAAGCAAUGCCAUAGGCCAGCCAUCACCAGGACAUCCUUUCAGGUGGGACUCACAGAGAGCAGGGAAGUGCACGAUCAGCACCCAUGCUCUGGGCUGUUUUCAAACACAUUCAAUCAAAUCCCAUCAGCCUUCAUGACCAUUUAGCCCACAGAGAGGAGCAGGAACAGAAUUACCACCUUGUGAUGAUUUUGUCUUUUUUUUUUUUUUUUUAAAUAAAUGUUUCCCUAUCAGGCAGUACAGAUGUUGGUGUAGAGAUUGGAAGUACAAUGAGGAGAAUAAGGGAUUUGAGGCACUGCUGCAGACACAGAAUCCAAGGGAGCCAGGAGGAGAAAAAGGAGGAAGGGGCACCUUUGAUCCCGGCACCCUGCCCUGGGAACCACCAUCUGGCCCUACAGAACAAACUCAUUUUGGCUACUAAGAUGAAACCAACACCUUGUCUGAACCCUCACACUCUACCCUGACCCAGCAAUUUACACAUCUUGGUUAUUAGUGGCAUUUGGCAGCCAAAGUGACUUGCUUUGAGGAAUGCAUAGAGUCCAUAGCCACCACUGAGGUCCGCAGGCACUGAAGUGACAGGGACAUCUGGUCCACCUAAGGGCCUCAGAAGUGGAGUGGGGAGACAGUGGGCAGCCAGUUCCCUGGCAGCCUCAAUGUGUGAAUGCCAGGCUCUGGUACCCCAAACAAGUUCAGCUGCCUGGCUGGGAAGUUCUUUGUACUUUGCACAGUUCACAAACACACACACACACACACACACACACACCGAUGUUUUUGUUAUACACAAAUGUCAGCGUGUGAUUUUGAAAGAAUUGACAGUGAUGACAAACUAUGAUGCCUGUGUUUCUGAGUCUUUAAAUAAAAAUGAACAUGGAGAGGU